ACAAAAAAAAAACUCGAAAUCUCCAUUAAAAGAGAACUGAUAGAUUAGAUAUUAAAAAGAACACAAAACAAAACGGCGAAGGCACAAAAAAAAAAAAAAGGUGAAGCGAAACACGACACGGAUUCACACAGAUAUAUACAAAAAGGAUUUUUUUAGAUUUGAGAACCCAAAAAAAAAAAAGUUUCCUUUUUUCUUCUCUGUUUUUGAUUGAUUAAUUGGGUUGUUGGGUUUUUCUCUUUUUGGAGAUCGAUGUCGGAAAAGGAAGAAGCUCCGUCGACAUCGAAGUCCACCGGAGCUCCGUCGCGUCCUACUUUAUCUCUUCCCCCACGUCCUUUCACUGAGAUGUUCUUUAACGGUGGCGUUGGAUUUAGUCCUGGUCCGAUGACUCUCGUCUCUAAUAUGUUCUCUGAUUCCGAUGAGUUUAGGUCUUUCUCUCAGCUCCUUGCUGGAGCCAUGGCUUCUCCUGCCACUGCUGCUGCUGCUGCUUCCACGGCUACUGAUUACCAGAGAAUUGCUGAAGGGAAUAAUAAUAACCAUAGCAGCUCGAGUGGUGGUGUUGAUGUUGACCCGAGAUUCAAGCAGAGCAGACCCACCGGUUUGAUGAUUUCUCAAUCUCAAUCUCCCUCGAUAUUCACCGUACCGCCUGGUUUAAGUCCGGCCAUGCGCCUCGAUUCACCUAGCUUUUUGGGUCUUUUCUCUCCCGUUCAGGGAUCAUAUGGAAUGACACAUCAGCAAGCUCUAGCUCAAGUUACUGCUCAAGCAGUUCAAGCCAAUGCCAAUAUGCAACCACAAACCGAGUACCCUCCUUCCUCUCAAGUUCAAUCAUUUUCAUCGGCUCAAGCUCAGAUCCUAACCUCGGCUCCACAUUCUUCAGUACCAGCUCAAAGAGAAACCUCAGAUGUAACCAUCAUCGAGCACAGGUCACAACAGCCUGUAAAUGUUGACAAACCAGCUGAUGAUGGCUACAACUGGCGAAAAUAUGGGCAAAAGCAAGUUAAAGGCAGUGAGUUUCCUCGAAGCUAUUACAAGUGCACGAAUCCAGGAUGUCCUGUCAAGAAGAAGGUUGAGAGAUCUCUUGAUGGACAAGUAACGGAGAUCAUCUACAAAGGUCAGCACAGUCAUGAACCUCCUCAAAACACUAAGCGAGGAAACAAAGAUAGCUCCGCGAAUCUAAAUGGGAGUUUGAUAAAUAACAAUCGUGGGAGUUCUGAAUUGGCGGCGUCACAGUUUCAAACCAAUAGCUCCAACAAGACUAAGAGAGAGCAACAUGAAGCAGCUAGUCAAGCUACCACAACAGAGCACAUGUCUGAGGCCAGUGACAGUGAAGAAGUCGGUAAUGGAGAAACCGGAGUGAGAGAGAAAGAUGAAAACGAGCCUGAUACCAAGAGAAGAAAUAUAGAAGUUCGGGUUUCUGAACCAGCUGCUGCUGCUUCACAUAGAACCGUGACAGAGCCCAGAAUUAUUGUCCAAACGACUAGUGAAGUUGAUCUUCUAGAUGAUGGAUAUAGGUGGCGCAAAUAUGGACAAAAAGUUGUCAAAGGGAAUCCUUAUCCGAGGAGCUACUACAAGUGCACAACACCAGGAUGUGGAGUGAGGAAACAUGUAGAGAGAGCAGCAACAGAUGCAAAAGCUGUGGUAACAACAUAUGAAGGAAAACAUAACCAUGACCUUCCAGCAGCUAAAUCAAGCAGCCAUGCCGCUGCAGCGGCACAGUUAAGGCCAGAUAAUCGACAUGGCGGUUUGGCCAACUUAAAUCAGCAGCAGCAGCAGCAGCCCGUUGCGCGUCUAAGGCUUAAAGAAGAGCAAACAAUUUGAGAAAAGAAAAACAAUCUCUGACCUUUUUCAUGAUAAAGCUUUCAAACCCCACUCAUACACUUGUCUGAGAAAUCUAGCUGUUUGCAGGAAAGAAAGAGCUUCAGAAGGGGUUUGUUAUUCUAUGUUCUGGUGUAAAACUUAAGAAGCUCUUUAGGUUUUCAGGUUUCUGUUUUACUAAUAUGUGAAUUCUUUUGUACAUGAGGAAGGAAAUUACAGGGGGAUAUUUUGUGUUGUAUCUUUGUGUUAUUGUUUCAGUAAAGGAUAGGUCUUACAUUUUGUGGAUGAAAUUAUAAUCUUGUAAUAUCAAACUGUGUUUUCUUUUAUUUAUUAUCAAUAAUAUUAUCACAUAAUGGCUAA